GUGAAUUGUAUUCUAAGAUGGCGUCAAUGGUGAAUAGUAAAUGUGUUGAUAGUUUUCAGGAAAUAUAAUUUUAACUCUUUACAUGUUUUAAAAUGGACAGCACUGAUUCAUUAAUCGACCCACAAUCUGAAGUUAAAAAACUUCAAGAACUGGUAAAAAAACUAGAAAAACAAAAUGAAGUCCUGAGAAGCAAACAAGCUGGCGUAGGCACCCAACAGAACGGAGAGUACGAUCGAGUAAACAAAAACAACAAUUUAAAUGACGACGAAGAAUCCAUUGACAUUACAAAAGUUAAAUUCAAAGGAAAAUUAGCUCUAGAUGACUACGAAGAUGUCAAUUUUUCAGAUCUACCGGUUGAAGACGAUAGUUGGUUGUACUCAUCUCCUAAAGCAGUAACUCCUCAGCAGUCCAAAGAACAAAUUAUAUCCUGGGUGCGACAGGACUUUGACCACCCGAGUCCAGAGGUUCAGUCAUCUAGAAGAGCCCUUAUAAGCAAGUUGGAUGAAGUGGCCCGAAUGAAACACAGUUCCAGCUCACCAGUCAUUGGAAGCCAGCCUUAUGCAAGCAGAUCAGCCUUUGCACUUAGUCGAUCCACAGAAGAAGGAAACAAUGCACCACCACCUAUUAGAAAUGCUGUGCCCAGAAAAUCUGGGCUUGCACCGCCAGGUUCUGGAAAAAUGGCUUUUGAUACAGGUACUUUUACCAGACCAAAGAGAGUGAGCGCUCCAAUGCAUGGCGAGGGAGACCAGCCCCAGGAACCAAUUACGAUACCCAGCACCACAGACAUCAGUGAAAUAGAGACUCUGGCCAAGCAACAGGAAGAGAGUCUUCGGCAAAGCAUAACACCUGCAAAUAGAAAAGCUAUGAGAGCAAAGCAAGCAUUGAUGGAAGGGGAGAAUGGUACAAGGCUGAGCCCUAGUCGAUUUGACUUGGAAGGUGCAUACAUUUCACAGCACAGAGGUAGUUUGGGUUCUGAUCAUAGUACACCACCAGACAGCCCACAUAAUAAUCAGCAUUUCCAGCUAAAUAAUGUCAAUGAUUCCAGAGGACGUCGCAGUCUCCCGUCAACCCCAGCCCUCCAGUACAAGUCCCACAACUCCUCCGACUCUAGCCUGGAGCGCCACAGUGUCAACAGCGACGAGAUGAACCUGGCACCUGAAGCCAACAGAACAAUGUCGUCAAGGCUGCAGCAGCCCAACUACCGACCCAAUGCCAACACGCCUAAAAGAGCAAUAUCAACUGGACUGCUGCCCGGGCUGGCCCAGCAACAGCAACAACGGGGGAUGUCCCCGCAGCGCACAUCUGGUCUACCCACCCCAAGAAGACAAAUAAUGAGACCUUCGUCUGCUUCAAGGUCAUCUUUACCUACGUUUAGAAGGGCCAAUGCAGCGUCGCCCAAGCCUACAAAUGGAUUAGAAGAAAAUUGGAGAGAUGGCUGCUUUUGAUCAUGCUGUCUGUGUGCAUGUGUAAGUGUGAGUGUGUGCUGUACAAAGCAAACCAUUGACAGUAAUCAUCAUGUGAUAUUAGAUUAAGUUGACUACUAGUUGAGUGUGCAGAUGGUGUCCUGAAAAUAUUUUUUUUUUAACAUGUCUCAAUGCAAAUAUGAUGAAGUAACUCUAUGUGUCUGAUUGUCUCUCUUGUACUACUAACCUAUAAAAAAAUUGGUUGGGGCUAAUGAAACUACCAAGUGCCGAAUUGACGUUUAUCAUUGAUUCAAUUCUGUGAUUUUUAUUUUGUUUUGCUUGCACAGAUAGGCAUUUAUACAAUUUUUAUUUCUACUUGUAAAUAUUGCAAAACAAAUUUUGCAUAAAAGAAAAAUAAAGGAGAUAGUAGCAUUUUUUUCAUUGUGCUUGUUACGCUUUUUAUAAAGUGUAUAAAAUCGUCAUAAUGUUUGAUUUAAAAAAUAAAAUUGAAGUCAAGACAAAUAAGUUACUUCUUCGGUACAUGAUUUUAGUUUUGGCACAAUUUGAAGCAAUUUUUGUUUGUGUUUUGUUCAACUCUCUUUAUUACAACAAGGUCAGUUGUACUGUUUUUAUAAGUUGAGUUGGUAUGUCGUUGCGCAUUUUUGGUGAGUUUAUUCUGUUUUAAAGAAUCUAACUAGUUGCCACAACUUUAUGGCCUUGUUUGUAGUUCUGUUUUAUUCCUUAUCACUUGUAUGUCAUGUCUCUCCUUGUUUUAAAACAGAUCAUUGUUACGUUAGAAAAGCUAAGAAAUGUUAAAUAGUAAAUAUUAAAGUAAAAUUCUUUUUUGUUGUCCUUGAAGUUUAUUUUACAUUCUCAGCUUCACUGAUACAAUAAAACAUUUUUUGUUUGAAAAGUUUUCUUUCCCUUUAUAAUUAAGGACCUGUGCCCAAAGGUCAGAAUGUUAUACAAUUGUUAUGUAACAGGAGAAUAAACAAUUUUCAGUCAAGAUUUUUGGGCAUUUUUAUUGUUGUGAUUUAAUUUUUGUCUCAGAGUAGUCUGUCCUGUAAAGUGAGUUAUCUAACUUUGACUUUACUUGAUGUAAAGUAAAGUGAACCGGCUGGAGGUAAUUUUUUUUUUUAAAUUCUGUAUCCUUAACUGAUUAAAAGGAAGUGAGAUCUAUGAGUAGUAUGAGCGAAAAAAUAUAACCAUCAGUCAACUAAUAAUGUUUAAUAGAUAAUUCAUUAAAAUUAAUAAAAUGACAUAUGCA